AUCCCUAGCUAGUAGCUAAUAGUACAUUUUCUCCCCUAUAAAUACAACACAAAUAUGAAAGAUACUCAUAUAAUCAUAAUUAAUACAAUUGAACUCUUUUAAACACUCUGAUUAGAAAUUAAACAACUACGUUUCAUAUGGAUUGCUUUUCUCAAUGUUUCAAGGCUGUGGUGGGAAGUAACAGUGACAGUGACAGCAAUGACACCAACAAAAAAUCUCAGAAUUUGAUCAAAGUGAAAGCUAUUGUUACUUUGAAACAUAGUGAUGAUGGACUUAUAAGGAAUCUUGUAGAUGGAGGGAUUCAACAGAUUGAAGAGUUAGUUGGAAAAACACUUGUACUGGAGCUUGUGAGCAAUGAGCUUGAUCAAGAAACAAAUUCAGAGAAGGAGACAGUAAAAGGCUCGGCACAAUGUAAAGAGGAAAAAGAGGACGAAGAGCAGUAUGAAGCCGAAUUUGAGUUAUCCAAAGAUUUUGGGAAGGUUGGUGCUAUUCUAAUUGAGAAUGAGCAACACAAGGAGUUGUUUUUAAAGACUAUAGUUCUUCAUGGCUUCCCUGAUGGCCCUCUUAACCUCACAUGCAAUUCCUGGAUUCAACCCAAGCAAGAUAGUCCUGCGAAGAGAGUUUUCUUCACCGACAAGUCAUAUUUGCCAUCUCAAACACCAAGAGGAUUACAAAGACUGAGAAAAGAAGAGCUAAUGCAACUAAGAGGUAAUGGAGAAGGAGAACGGAAAAGCUCAGACAGAGUUUAUGACUAUGAUGUCUACAAUGAUCUUGGAGAUCCUGAUACCAACAUUGAACUCAAAAGACCUGUUUUUGGUGGCACCAAACAAUAUCCAUAUCCAAGACGCUGUCGCACUGGUCGAAAGCAUUCUGAUGCAGACCCUUUAUAUGAAGAAAGGAGUAAUUUAGACUUCUAUGUUCCUCGUGAUGAGUCAUUUUCUGAAACAAAACAGACACAAUUCAAUACUUCUACCAUAGCUUUAGGGAUAACUGCUGUUAUUCAAUCCUUAGACACAAUUCUCACAGAUCCAAAUCUUGGAUUUGCUAGCUUUGAAGACAUAGAAGAAAUUUACAAAGAAGGAUUUCAUUUACCGCCUUUUAAAUCCAAUGACUUAACAUUUCUCCAAAAAGUCAUUCCAAAGUUUAUUCAAGCUGCUAAUGAUAGCCAAAAUCUUUUGCGCUUUGAUGCUCCAGAACCAUUUAAAAGGGAUAGAUUCUUUUGGUUUUCAGAUGUAGAGUUUGCCAGAGAAACUUUGGCUGGUGCCAAUCCAUAUAGCAUCCAAUUGGUUAAGGAAUGGCCUUUGAAAAGUAAACUAGAUCCCAAAAUCUACGGUCCACCAGAAUCAGCAAUUAACAGAGAGAUCAUUGAGUCACAAAUGAAAAAUUAUAGCACAGUUGAAGAGGCUAUUGAAGAGAAGAAGUUGUUCAUGCUAGACUAUUAUGAUUUCUACAUACCAUAUGUAAGCAAAGUGAGAAAGAUUGAGGGAACAACACUAUAUGGAUCAAGAACACUAUUCUUCCUUACUACUGAAGGAAUAUUGAAGCCACUAGCUAUUGAGCUCACUAGACCACCUAUUGAUGGAAAGGCACAAUGGAAGCAAGUUUUCACACCUAGUUCUGAUCAUUCCUCCAAUCUUUGGCUUUGGAGGCUUGCGAAAGCUCAUGUUCUUGCUCAUGAUUCUGGUCAUCAUCAACUUAUAAGCCAUUGGCUAAGAACUCAUUGUGUUGUCGAACCUAUUAUAAUUGCAACACACAGACAACUCAGUUCCAUGCAUCCAAUUUUUAGAUUAUUGCAUCCACAUCUGAGAUAUACCAUGGAAAUCAAUAAAGUUGCGCGUGAAGUGCUCAUUAAUGCAAGUGGCAUCCUUGAAAUAACAUUCUUUCCUAAGAAGUAUACAAUGGAAUUAAGUUCUGUGGCAUAUGAUAAGCUUUGGCAAUUUGAUAUGCAGGAUCUUCCAAAUGACCUUAUUAACAGAGGAAUGGCUGUGAAAGAUCAUAGUGCACAACAUGGACUAAAGCUAGCAAUUGAAGACUACCCUUUUGCCAAUGAUGGUCUUCUAAUAUGGGAUGCAAUCAAACAAUGGGUGACAGAUUAUGUCAAUCAUUACUAUCCAAGCUCGAGCAUUGUAGAGUCUGAUCAAGAGCUCCAAGCAUGGUGGACAGAAAUUCGAACAGUGGGACAUGCAGACAAAUCUGAAGAACCAUGGUGGCCAAAUCUCAAAACACAAAAAGAUCUUACUGAUAUCAUCACUACUAUAACUUGGAUAGCCUCUGCUCAUCAUGCAGCUGUGAACUUCACACAAUAUGCUUAUAUAGGCUUUUUUCCUAAUAGACCAACAAUUGCAAGAAACAAAAUGCCAACAGAAGACCCUACCAAGGAAGAAUGGGAAAAAUUUAUUAACAAACCAGAACAAACACUUUUGGAGUGCUUUCCAUCACAAAUUCAAGCAACCUUGUUUACGGUUAUAAUGAACAUAUUAUCAGAGCAUUCAGCAGAUGAAGAGUAUAUUGGACAAAAAAUAGAGCCAUCUUGGGGUGAGAAUCCAACUAUAAAAGCAGCUUUUGAAAGAUUUCAUAGGAGAUUGAAAGAGAUUGAAGGUAUUAUAGACUCAAGGAAUAAAAACAAGAAUUUGAAGAAUAGAAAUGGAGCUGGGAUAAUGCCUUAUGAGUCUUUAAAGCCAUUUUCAGGGCCUGGAGUCACUGGAAAAGGAGUCCCAUACAGCAUAUCCAUUUAAACCUAGUUUGGUAUAUAUGAAUAAUCAAAUGUGAUGUUUAUCUUUGGUUCUUAAUAGCACAGGAGUUCUUUUAUAUUUAUCAAGAAUAAAGAUGCAAAUUAUAUACAUUUAUCUUGUACCUAUUGUUUAUUCUGACCUUGUUUUAGUAAGUUAUGUUUAGUAAUUAACUAGACCAACGACCCUUGCUCUGCACGGGUCUUACCAGCUAAAA